AUGACUAGAACAAAGGUGAAGCUUGCGUUCAUUGAGAAUAAUAGCGCAAGGAAAGCAACUUACAAUAAAAGGAAGAAGAGUUUAGUGAAGAAGGUUGAUGAACUCACAACCCUCUGUGGUAUCGAUGCUUGUGCUAUCAUUUAUGGCCCCUACGAUUCUCGACCUGUGAUCUGGCCAUCGCCAUCUGGAGUCCAAGAGGUGCUUUCAAAAUUCAGAACAGCGUCUGAAAUCGGACAAAGCAAAAAGAUUGUGAAUCAAGAGAGUUUCCUGAAACAAAGGAUUUCGAAGGUUGAAAAACAACUUGAAAAGAAAUGGAGUGACAACAGAGAGCAAGAGACAACCAUGCUCAUGUUUCAAUGUCUCUAUGCUGCGAACACCGUGUCGAACCAUAUGUCGCUGGGUGAUUUGAAUGAUCUUGCUUGGAUGAUUGAUCGUAAUCUGAAAGAGAUUGGUAGAAGGAUGGAAUCAGGUGACAAUCAAAUGAUUAUUCAUCAAAAUCAAAGUGAAAAUCAAGUUCAUCUCCAAAUGGUACCACCUCUGUCACUACUACCAUCACCGCCACCGCCACCAAUCGAGCCUAAUAAUGAUGAAAUUGCAAUGAUGGGUCAUGAGCAUGUCGGGAUGGCUGUUAAUAAUAAUGACAUCAUGUUUAUGAAGAUGAUGAUGAAUAGCGCUGAACAUGAUGAAACAAUUCCGUUUGGUUAUGACACCAAUCUUCAAAAUGGAUUUUGA